AUGGGACAUAUGGACAAUGGCAGCCAUCUCGAGAACCCCAGAGCGUCGCCACUGAACCUCAAACCGCCGCCGCCAGACGCCAGUGCUUCAUCGCCCCUCACAGACUGCACGUCACCAGAGCCCGCGACUCAUAUUGAGCAUCUCCACAUUUCCACCGAGAGCACCGAGAUCACGGGCGGAAACACACCUCCUAAUCCUAUCAGACUUGGAAGGCAGCAACGCUUACCCCAUUGUCAGAACUCAGAAUCCUACCGAGGGCCUGUGGGUUCGGACGUCCUGAUAACUGGAGAUUGGGGGAGAACUGGAGAAUGGAAGAAGGCUGUGCAGCGCAGUGUAAUGGAGCUUGAUGGAGUCGCUCCGAUGGGCGACAAGGCGAUGGCUUCCGUAUUGGAGCGACCCCCGAGUCCCGUCAUCCAAUGGGCCAUCCACGACCAGAAUGGCAUGAAACAUUGCCAGGCUCGCCAACCCAUGCAGCCAUCCCCGGAAGCCCAAGCUUUCGUCUACUGCACUGCACACAUAGCGUACGAUUCGACCACCCAAAAGCUCCAGUCCGUCUCCUGUGAUCUAGUGUAUCCUCCCAUGAGUCCCAUGGCACCUGUCUUGAUUCAGUACCCGGACACCCGCGGGGGGAGCCUGGCACACCCAUUCACUCAACUGGCAACAAAAUGGAGCUUGGCUAUGCCUUACCCCUUAAAGGCUGCAACUGCCGAAGCCUCGCAAUUGGCGUUUAGGCGCAUGACUUCCCUACAACUCAACGAAGGGGACCACGACGUUCAGACGGCAUGA